AUGGCACGAGCAGCUGCCAACGUGGUCACAGCACUGGUAGAUAUGAUGCGGAUCAUCAGCGUUCUCACGCUUCCAGUAUCUCAAGCCGCGCAAUUCAUUAAGUCACGGAUGUAUAUGGAGAGGCUCGUCUCAGAAUUGGCUGAUAUAGAGGUAAACGGUCUAGCAAGUUAUCUGUGCCGGCUCACCCGACGACAAGUGAUCGCGGUUCAAAUAUCUGUUGACUACACGCUACUGCUCGCCCAUGCCCCAGCGUACAUCAGAGCCGAAGACGUUUGGAAUCAAGCAUCUCUUGAAUGGGUCUGCAUGGCACAAGGAAUGCCAGAGCUAUAG